UAUGAGUCAAGCACCAUAGGCAGUAUAAUAAUAAGCAUAGAAGUCGAAUACAUUCAAUAAAUCAGAAAAAACAAAGGAUAUUCGAUUGACCAAUAUCUAAGCAGCCAAAGGUAUAGUAAAUGAAGAGUAAUGAUUAGCUGUGGCAGAUGCAAUAAGAACAAGUUUGGGUCCAAGAGGAAUGGAUAAAAUGAUUUAAGAUGCCAAGGGUUAAGUUUUGAUUACAAAUGAUGGUGCUACAAUCUUAAAACAAAUGGAUUUGGUUCAUCCUACAGCUAAGAUGGUAUGAAUUAAUAAUUAAUCAUUCAAAGUUGGUUGAGAUUUCAAAUGCUUAAGAUGUUGAAGCAGGUGAUGGUACAACUUCUGUAGUUGUUUUUGCAGGUGCUUUGUUGAAAUCAUGUGAGGUACUAUUGGAAAAAGGAAUCCAUCCUACUACAAUUUCGGAGGGAUUUUAAUUUGCAUUAGAAUAUGCCUUGACAGCAUUAGAGGAAUUGAAAAAGCCAGUAGAUUUAGCUGACAAAUAAUAAUUAAUUGAAUGUGUCUAAACAGCACUUUCAUCAAAGGUCGUAUCAUCAAAUAGUGCUUAAUUGGCUCCAUUAGCAGUAGAUGCUGUAUUAAGAAUAGUUGAUCCUGAAAAGCCAAAUAAUGUUGAUUUGAAAGAUAUCAAGAUAGUGAAGAAAUUAGGAGGAACAAUAGAUGACACAGAAUUAGUUGAAGGCAUAGUCUUUUCAAAUUAAAAGGCUAGUUAAGCAGCUGGAGGACCAUAAUAAAUUAAGAAUGCUAAGGUUGCUCUUUUAUAAUUCUGUCUAUCUGCUCCAAAAACAGAUGUGGAGAACUCAAUAGCUAUUAAGGAUUAUACUGAAAUGGAUAAAAUUUUAAAGGAAGAAAGAAAAUAUAUUAUUGAUUUAGUCAAGAAGAUUGUUGCUUCAGGCGCUAAUGUUUUAUUAAUCUAAAAAAGUAUUUUAAGAGAUGCUGUUAAUGAUUUAUCAUUACACUUUUUAGCCAAGAAAGGUAUAAUGGUUGUUAAAGAUAUUGAAAGAGAAGAUGUUGAAUUUAUAUCAAAAGUAUUAAUAUUAUAUAUAUUUAUUUAGACCUUAUGUUUGGUUCCUGUUGCUCAUAUUGAUUAAUUGACUCCAGAAAAAUUAGGUACAGCUGGAUUAGUAGAAACAGUUCAUUUAAGUGAUGAAAGCAAAGUAUUGAGAAUAACUGAAGUUCCAGCUUAAUCUAAAGCUUUGACUAUAUUGGUUAGAGGAUCAAAUCAAUUAGUCUUAGAUGAAGCAGACAGAAGCAUUCAUGAUGCCUUAUGUGUUGUUAGAAGUUUAGUAAAGAGCAAAGGUUUGAUUCCAGGGGGAGGAGCUCCAGAAAUUCAUUUAUCAUUAAGAUUAACAUAAAUGGCUAAUACUUUAACAGGAGCAAAGUCUAUGUGUGUUAGAGCAUUUGCUGAUGCUUUAGAAGUUAUCCCUUAUACUCUUGCUGAAAAUGCAGGUAUUUAAAUAUAAUCAAAUCAUUAGGUUUAAAUCCAAUCAAUGUUGUAACAGAAUUAAGAAAUAGACAUCUUAAAUCAUAAAAGUUUGCAGGAAUUGGAAUGAAAAAAGUAAAUCUAAUUGUUAUUUUAGAAUAAUAUUGUUGAUGAUAUUACAACUGAAUAAGUUGUCCAACCUAUUUUAGUCACUAGAAGUGCUUUAAGUUUGGCUACAGAGUGUGUUAGAAUGAUUUUAAAGAUAGAUGAUUUAGUCAUCUCAGCACGUUGAUC